AUGGACUCCCAAAUCAUGACGUCUACUGCGCUGCAAAAUGAUCUCAUCCUGAGAGAGAUCAUGUCUCACUUGCGCGAUCUGUCUGGACAACCUAUCCGUGUACUCAGAGACAAGAAAGCCAUCUCUACGCUUGCAGGCUGUGCGCGCGUGUGCAAAGAAUUCGAAGUUCACGCCUUGAACGCUUUGUGGUGGCACAUGGAUACCCUCAUGCCGUUAUUGCAGCUUCUAGGAUCUUCGCUGAUAGCCACCCCGGCCGCGGAGGGCAGCACAUUGACAGUCAAGACUCUCUUAUUGCCCAUCCGUGAACACGAAUGGCUGCGCUUACUUUCAUACGCGCGGCGGAUUCGUAGGCUGCUCGUCAUCGACGUCGACUUCGAGCAUGUGGAUCCAACCGUAUGGAUGACACUAGCUGCCCAUAGCGGAGGUACUCCGUUGCUAUCGAAUCUCGCUCACUUGCAAUGGGUUCACUCAAUCAAGUCCGCAACAUUGAACGUGAUCUAUAUCACUCCGCCAGCAAUUCGUACGCUCGAUGCAAUAUACAUACCGCCGCGUGGUAUGCACCAAGACCAAUCUCUUGUCACUCGGAGCGAGGUUGUCUUUCAGAACAUGGUCCAUAUUCUGGCAUCUCGUGCGACGAAAAUCCGAGAACUGGUGUUCCGCGUGUCGCACACUUGCAUUUUGGAAUCGAUUGACCGGUUUCACUCAGUACACAGACUACUUAUCGACGCCGCCAAAGCUGGCCCUCUCUCAAGGACCUUCAUCGAGAAGAUUGGUAGCCUGCCGCAGCUUCGUGUCCUGCUCCUUGAUCUCCCCGUUCGCACCAUAGCGCACUCAACACCUGCUGGUUUCCCGGCAUUGCGCGACGUAACGCUCAAGGGGAGCCCCGGGAGUAUCGACCACCUAUUAUCCGCUAUGCUCGGUACUCAUCUCACGAUGGUCGACCUCAUAUUUAAAGACAUCGACGAAUCCGAGCUGUCAUACAUCAGCAAUCUCCUCUACAAGCUUCGCGACUGCGGAAAUUCAUCAAUCGAGUUCAUUUCGCUGAAAGCGAUUCCUCGCGACUUCCCGAAAACGAUGUACGAAUUCAAGGACGUAUUGAAACCGCUCUUGGCUCUGCGGAGAAUCCUACGCGCCGACAUCGAACUUCAUUUCAAAAUGGCCAUGAAUGUUCAGGACGUACAUGACAUGGCGGUUGCGUGGCCUAGUCUCAUCAAGCUGAAUCUAUUCUACGUCGAGGACGGCCAACCCCUGCCGCCAAUCUCGUGUUUAUCCACCUUUGCGAAGCACUGCCUCAACCUGCGCACGCUCGAGCUGCCGGGACUGCAAGACUGCGAGACGGAUCUCGCAACCCUCGCGGGCUCCCCGCACCCAUUGAGCCGCAUCUUCAUGGCCAAACAGUUCGUUCCAUCGGAGAAGCUCGCACGCUUCCUCUUCGCACUCUUCCCUCGGUUGGAGACCAACGUGGCCCCAUCGCACGGACCGCAGUGGCGAGAGACAUUGGAGACGCUUGCGGCCCUACAGGCCGGAGCGAGGAACGGUAGUAACGGUGAAGAUGGUGAAACCUAA